ACUGAAAUAUCUAGUAAUUAUUUCAUUUUGUUUUAUAUUUGACUUCCUGCGUUAUUCUUGUUCCCGUAAUUUGUGCAUGUUACUUCCUUACUUCUUUGGCUGCUUGUGUGUGUCUCUUCGGUCUUAAUUAUCCAACAAGUAUGGCAGUGGGAGAGAUUUUUCUUGGGGCGUUCCUUCAGUUGCUGCUCGACAGGUUGGCGCCUCGCGAGAUCCUCAACCACUUCGGUCUCGUAAAGGGCGUCGACAAAAAGCUGAAUAAAUGGAGUGACAAUUUGUCUGCAAUCCUAGCGGUGCUGAAUGAUGCGGAGGAGAAGCAACUGAUAGAGCAUGGUGUGAAAUUGUGGCUGGAUGAACUCAGAGACUUGGCUUAUGAUGUAGAUGACGUGCUGGACAAAUUUGCUACUAAAACAUUGAAGCGCCAGAUAGAGGGACGGGAUCAAGCCAGCACAAGUAAAAAGGUGCGGAGUUCAUUCUCCAAACUGAAACUCAAUUUCGAUAUGAACUCUGAGAUAAAGAAGAUUACAGAGCGGUUGCAAGAAAUCUCUGAACGGAAAGAUAAGUUUGGUUUAAAGGGCACCGGGACGUCUAGUAAAGCAUGGUCAAGGCCACCAACUUCAGGUGUGCUAGGUGGACUAACCAUUGUUGGAAGAGAUGGAGAUAAAGCAAAAAUAUUAGAAAUGUUGUCGAGAGAUGAGCAUAAUAAUGUCAACUUUCAUGUUGUUGCCAUUGUUGGCAUGCCUGGCCUUGGGAAGACAACACUUGCUCAAUUUGCAUUCAACAACAACAGUGAUGUCACGAAGGAGUUCGAGACGAAGGCGUGGGUGUCUGUGUCCGAUGACUUCGACAUUGUAAGAUUGACGAAGGCAAUUCUUGAAUCAGUCACAUCUAAACCCGUUAAAGUAGAGGAGUUCAGUAAAAUGCAGCAUGAUUUGAAUGAGCAGUUAAGAGGUAAAAAGUUUUUAAUUGUUUUAGAUGAUAUUUGGAACAAAAGUGACCGUGAUUUAUAUGAUCUGUGGACAAGACUUCAAUCCCCUUUUAGUGUUGGAGCACAAGGAAGUAAGAUAAUUGUGACAACACGUGACCAAAAUGUUGCAAAGAUUAUGGGAGCCACCGAAGUUCAUAACUUGGAGUGUAUGUCAGAUGAUAAUUGUUUGGAAAUAUUUGAGCAGCAUGCAUUUGUGAACAUUAACAAUGAUAGACCACCAAAUUUUGAGUUGCUUCAGAAAAAAAUUGCUGAAAAAUGCAGUGGACUGCCCUUAGCUGCAAGAACUCUUGGUGGGCUUUUACGUCAGAAAGAAAUGAACGAAUGGGAAGAAAUAUUGAACAACAAAUUGUGGAAUUUAUCAGGUAAGAGUGACAUUCUUCCGGUAUUAAAGUUGAGCUAUCACUAUCUUCCUUCCAACUUGAAGAGGUGUUUUGCCUAUUGCUCAAUAUUUCCAAAUGACUAUGAAUUUGGGGAGAAGCAAUUGAUCCUUCUAUGGAUGGCAGAGGGUUUGAUUCAACAACCACCAGAAGCCAAUAGACAAAUGGAGGAUUUAGGCCAUGACUAUUUUCAAGAGCUAUUAUGUAGGUCAUUAUUUCAAAAGGCAAGUGAAAACAAUUCACUAUAUGUAAUGCAUGAUCUUGUCACUGAUUUGGCACAAUGGGCAGCAGGAAAUACUUGUUUUAGAUUGGAGGACAAGAAAGGGGAUAACUUGCAAUCUGUAUGCUUUCGUCAUUCGUCUUUCAUAAUUGGUGAGUUUGAUGGAGUUCAAAAGUUUGAGGCCUUUCGCGAAGUUAAACGUUUGCGAACAUUCCUGCCACUUGGCUAUCAGAUACUUGGUGGAGUAAUAGAUAUGCAAUACUUACGGGUGCUUUCUUUGAAGGGCUAUGAAAUAACUCAUGAGCUGCCAGAUUCAAUUGGUAAUUUGAAGUAUCUGCGGUAUCUUGAUCUUUCUCACACAGGGAUAAAAAGUUUGCCUGAAUCAACAACCACUCUUUACAACUUACAGACACUGAUACUGGUAUGGUGUCAUUUGUUGGAGGCGCUACCCAUAAACUUGAGGAAUCUAGUGAAUCUGCGUCAUCUCAACAAUUCAAAUGUACGUUCACUAAAAGCAAUGCCUCCCCAACUAGGUCGAUUGACGAAUCUACAAUCUUUGACUAAUUUUGUGGUGGGUAAAGGUAGUGAUGAAUCAGGGAUAAGAGAGAUAGGAUCCCUAUCCCAUCUCCGAGGGACAUUAUCGCUCUCAAGGUUGGAGAAUGUGAUCGAUGCUGAGGAUGCACGGAAGGCCGACUUAAAAUCCAAGGAGAGAGUAGAUGAAUUGGUGCUAGAAUGGUCAUGGUGGAGUGCCACACAAGAAACGCAAUUAGGCGUGCUUGACAGAUUAGAACCUCAUAGAAUGCUUGAAAAACUCAUCAUCAGGGGUUAUGCUGGAUUAGAAUUUUCAACAUGGAUUGGAGAUCGUUCAUUCUCCACUAUGGUGCAUGUACGCUUAGACAAAUGUAAAAAUUGUCAAAUCUUGCCACCACUUGGGCAACUGCCUUUGCUCAAAGAACUUUAUAUUACUGAAAUGGCUGCAGUGGAAAGUGUUGGUCCUGAGUUUUAUGGGGAGGGUAGCUUGCCUUUUCCAGUACUAGAGACUCUUGAGUUUUCAUAUAUGCACAAGAACCUUGAUUCAUUAGCAACACUGAGAAUUAUUGAAUGCAAGGAAUUGGUGAUUUCAAUUUCCAACUAUAAACAAAUUGGUGGAUUAGACAUCGACGGUUGCAAAGAGGUGGUGAAGACAAGUGGGGUUGAGUUUCAGUUAUUAGAGUCCUUGCAACUUUCAAAUAUUUCAGAGGUGAAGUCCCAAACAGGGGAAUUCACGGAAUUCACCGAAGGAUUAAGAAAGGUUGCAAAUUUGACGAUUGGCGGAUGUGAUGAGCUGACAUCUUCACUGAAGAAUGAGGAUAGAGUAUUGCAACACUUGAUUUCUCUUGAUCGUUUGGUUAUUGAAGACAACUCUUCCCUCCUUGAAAAGCUGGGAAAAGAAGCAGAGGAGUUGCUGCAAUUGCAAAUAUUGACUUGCAAGCUUAAAUAUCUAAGAUUAUACCGGUGUGCAAGUCUUUCAAAGGUACCAGAAGGGUUGCAUCACCUAACGCACCUAACGGCUCUUCAAGACCUUCUAAUAGUUGGAUGCUCAAGUCUGGUUUCUUUUCCAGAUGUUGGUCUGCCUCCUUCCCUUGAGGUCAUAACCAUUCAUGAGUGUGAUUCGUUGCUGUAUUUCGCAAAAUACCAGAUUCCCCCAAAUCUAAGAAGAAUAGAGAUACAAGUGUGUAAAAGUUUGAGAUCAUUAGUAGAGAGAGAGGAGGAUAGUUCUUCGUCUUCCUCUUCUUCUCAUAUUUCUCUUGAGCACUUGCAAAUAUCGGGAUGUGAAUCACUAACGUCGUUAUCAUUGAGAGCCCAGUUGUUUCCCAGGGCGCUUAAACGCCUUGACAUAUCCUACUGUGGAGAGCUGCAGUUAAUAACGUCCGAUGGGUUAGCCCACGACAACACUAAUUAUUGUCUUGAAUAUAUUAGCAUUGAGUCUUGCCGAAAUCUGAAAUCCUUACCGGAGGGCCUAUGCCACCUCACCAAUCUUCAAACUUUAGAGAUUUAUGGUUGUGGGAGUCUGGUUUCCAUCCCGAGCUUGAGUGGUGAGGGUUUGCCUUCGCCAACAACAACAGCCACCUCCAGCCUGAGACAAAUCAACAUCCAUAAUUGCAACCAAUUGGAGAUGUUACCGGACAUGCGGAAUCUCAACCAUCUUCAGGAAUUGAAUAUUGAUUACGGUGAAGGUUUAAAUUUUACUUAUUUUCCCCCCAACCUAACAUCACUUGGAAUCUUCGGAAUCAAGAAUUGUAAGCCGAUGUGGGAGUUGUUGCACAGGCUCACCUCUCUUACAGAGUUGUGGGUCGAUUGCGAAGACCCAUAUGUGGUGUCGUUUCCACCCGACAGUUACAGGGAGAUGGAGAUGGAGAUGCUGCUCCCCAAAUCUCUCACUGAUCUCUCAAUUGCGGGCUUCCCAAAUCUGAAGAAACUGAGCAGCAAGGGCUUUCAAUCCCUCACCUCUCUUCAAUCUCUUCGAUUGAAGAAUUGUCAAAAGCUGGCAUCUAUUCCAGUGGAGGGGUUGCCUAUUUCACUGAGGCGACUUGAUAUCAUUCGAUGUCCCCUGCUAAAAGAUAAAUGCCAGCCUGGUAGUAAAGGACGAUACCUGCCCAAAAUAUCCCACAUCCCCCGCAUAGAUAUAAGGGAUUAGAAGACGGUUUGAAGAUGAUGAGAACCCACACCCACAGAUGGACAUGGUCAACUCCGACUCUCACUCUCCCCAGGUGGGUCUUUUUCAUCUACAGCUGCUUCAAGAGGGAAUCCCUCAUGCUAAACGACAACGAUUUAUCGUGUACAUGGUAAAUCCAUCUUCAUUUCCCUUUAUGAUAUAUUUUAAAUUCAGGAAAUGGGAAUACUUAAAAAGGCUCUUCCUUAAUAGGCACUUGCAAACAUGCUAUCAAAAUUUGAAUGGAGAACAUUUGAAAUAUAUAUAGUAAAAGAAAGUACUUCAUUUCUCACUUGGUUUGCCUUGUAAUAUUUUGUCAUCUCUCUGCUCAGAAAACUUUUAGCCAUAUUUUUCUUUCUUUUGUUCACUUGACUUCAAUGUCUUUCCAAAUUCUCUGUAACGUAGGACUAGAUCUGGGUCAGUUAUGGUGGGAAGAAUGAGGAUUUUGAUGUGAAUCACUGGAUCACAAUACAAAUUAUAAACAAUUACUUUUAUUAUAAUUGAUUUGUAAUUAUAGGAAUACCAGUUUGACCGGGAUUGUAUUUAUUUUCUUUUUACUUAUUGUAAUUACUUCCUAGAUAGGCUUGUAUUUGUAUCACUAUAAAUACUUAUGAGAAGAAUAAAAAUAUACUGAAUU